AUGGCGAAUUAUAUACUCGAAACGCAGGGUGCGAAGAAGGUUGGAAAGCUCUGGGCUUAUCGUUUUGUGAAACGAUAUACAGAAUUAAAGAUGUGUUUUAAUCGCGUUUAUGAUUUUCAAAGAGCUCUCUGCGAAGAUUCAGAGCUUAUUGAAAGAUGGUUUCGAUUGGUAUCGAAUAUGCGGGCCAAAUAUGGUAUUCUGGACUGCAAUUUCUACAACUUCGAUGAGACAGGCUUUAUGAUAGGACAAAUAUCACUAUAUAUAGUAGUUAUUAAAGCUGAUCGAUGUGGAAAAAGUAAAGUUAUACAAUUAGGCAAUCGAGAAUAG